UCUAUUUUCUCUCUUUAAUCACUAUUUUAUAAACCUCUUUAAUCACUAAAAAUGGCUUCUUCUUCUGAAAACAAUUUAGAUGAAGCUUUUGAUGAUGCUUUUGAUGAUGCAUUUGAUGAAGCCUUUGAUCAACAUUUUGAUCAAACCUUUCAAGAGUUUACCAUUCAAAGUGAUCAAGAAGAACGAAGAAAAAAAAGAAAAAAACGAGCUUAUAUCGAAAGACACCGUGAAGAAGGGCAUUUUCGUUUAUGGAAUGAUUAUUUCAGUGAUACUCCAACGUAUCCUGAAAAUUUCUUUCGACGACGUUUUAGAAUGAACAAGCGACUGUUCAUGCACAUUGUUGAUCGACUCUCCAACGAAGUGCAAUACUUCCGAGAAAAGAAAGAUGGUCUUGGAAGGAAUAGUCUCUCUCCUAUUCAAAAGUGUACCGCAGCCAUUCGUGUCUUAGCGUAUGGUUCUGCAGCUGAUAUGGUCGACGAAUACCUCCGGCUGGGUGAAACAACAGCUCGGUUAUGCGUGGAACAGUUUGUGGAAGGUAUAAUAUAUUUGUUUGGGGAUGAGUACUUAAGAAGUCCAACACCGGCUGAUCUUCAACGUCUACUUGAUGUGGGAGAGCGUCGUGGAUUUCCCGGGAUGAUAGGAAGCAUCGAUUGUAUGCACUGGGAGUGGAAGAAUUGUCCCACCGCUUGGAAAGGGCAAUAUUGUCGUGGUUCGGGUAAACCAACAAUCGUUUUAGAGGCGGUCGCUUCAUACGAUCUCUGGAUAUGGCAUGCAUUUUUUGGACCUCCAGGUACAUUAAAUGAUAUCAAUGUUCUUGACCGUUCUCCCGUUUUUGAUGACAUAAUAAACGGUAAAGCCCCGAAUGUCACUUACUAUGUCAAUGGAAGAGAGUUCCAUAUGGCUUACUAUCUCACCGAUGGUAUAUAUCCGAAAUGGGCAACUUUUAUCCAAUCUAUUUCUAUGCCACAAGGGCCGAAGGCAGUUUUAUUUGCUCAACGGCAAGAAGCCAUCCGAAAAGAUGUCGAGCGUGCUUUUGGAGUCUUGCAAGCACGUUUUGCGAUUAUUAAAAAUCCGGCGCUGUUUUGGGAUAAAGUCAAAAUAGGGAAGAUUAUGAGAGCAUGUAUCAUACUCCAUAAUAUGAUAGUUGAAGAUGAACGAGACGGAUACAGUCUCGUUGAUGUUUCUGAGUUCGACCACGGGAAUUCACAUGUUGAUUUCACGUAUUCUACAGAUAUCCCUUCAAACAUCACAAAUAUGAUGGACGCUCGUUCAAGAAUUCGAAAUAGGCAAAUGCAUCAACAACUAAAAGAUGAUUUGGUUGAACAUAUAUGGCGUAGAUUUGGACACGGUGACGACAACAACUGAUCUCGGAUGCUUUUUUCGAAUAAUUAUCGUUAUUUUAAUAAUCUUUGUUUUCAUGUUUUUAUUUACAAAUCCAUGUUUAAAAUGUAAUGUUUAAAAUGUAAUAUUUUAAAUGUGUUAUUUAAUAAAAAAAUUUAAAAUACAAAAAUAUUAAUUUAUUUUUUAAGAACCCAAAAUAAGAGUCUUGCAAUGGAUACAUAAAAGUGUCAAAGUUCUUAUCUUAAUCUCUUAAACACCUUUACUCCUUAAAUAUUACUAAAAAACAAUUAAGAGUCCUCUUAUGGAGUUUUAGGAUAAAGGUGCUCUUAGGGUUUAGAGUUGAGGGGUGGGGUUUUAGAAUUAUGAUUUAAAUUUUUAUAAAAAAUAAAUACUAAAAUAAAAAAUAAAAAUUUUAAAAACAGUUUCAAAAAGUAUUUUUUAAAUUAUAAAAAUAAAAUUAUAAAAAAAUAAAAAAAAUUUCAAAAAAAAUUUAUAAAAA